AUGUCUACCCGCAUUGAUUUGUCUGCAGGGUGGCCAAACCCCACGCUGCUCCCCGCCCCCGAGUUACUCCGCUCCGCCUCAACAGUGCUGACUGACCCCUCCAUUGCCCACCCGGCAUUGGGAUACGGCCCCGAUGAAGGCUAUGAACCUCUACGUGUUCACAUAGCCCAAUGGCUGCAGUCAUUCUAUCAACCUCACCACCCUAUUUUGUCAAAACGGAUUUGCAUCACGGGCGGGGCCAGCCAGAACCUCGCUUGUGUGCUGGCCGUGUUCACCGAUCCUGUGUACACACGGCAUAUUUGGCAGGUCGAUCCUACGUAUUUCCUCGCAGGACGGAUAUUUGACGACGCCGGUUUCUUCGGCCGAGUCAAAUCUGUACCCGAGGAUGACGAAGGCAUUGAUCUGGAAGUCUUGGAGAGUGGGUUACGGGAGGCCGAGAUCAAGGCUACAGCGGAAGGUAACGAUACACCGAGACUGAAACCCCCUCGGCCCUGGCGGAAGAUCUACAAACAUGUUAUUUAUGCUGUCCCCACCUUUGCCAACCCAUCCGGCAAGAUCAUGUCGCUGCAUCACCGGGAGCAACUGAUCCGACUGGCACGGAAGUACGAUGCUCUCGUGGUGACUGACGAUGUUUAUGAUUUUUUACAUUGGUCAUCCACGGGUAGCGAAUUGAUAUCUCCCGACCGUGCAGUCGUCCCACGGCUCGUGGAUGUGGAUCGCUACUUGGAUGGUGGUCCCGUGGAUGAAUGGGGCCACGCAAUAAGCAAUGGUAGUUUUUCAAAGCUAAUCGGGCCAGGCACCCGCACAGGAUGGGCAGAGGCAUCUGAAAAAGUGGCCUUCGGGUUAUCACAAGUAGGCUCGUCUCGGUCCGGUGGAGCACCUUCCCAAAUGACCUCGACCUUGAUCGAUCAACUCCUUGGAUCGGGAUUUCUGGAACAGCACAUUCGUGAUACAUUACAGCCUGCAUAUGCCAAGCGAUAUCAUGAUCUGACAUCUGCCAUUCAGGAACAUCUGGCGCCACUAGGGGUCACUUUUGAGGCGCCGGUCAAUGGCGUGGUGGGCGGAUACUUCAUUUGGCUUACCCUACCAGCUCCACUGCUAGCGGCAGAUAUAGUUCAGCGUUCCGAUCGGGAAGAAAACCUGCGCUUAGCGCCUGGUGAUGCGUUUCAAGUGGCGGGGGACCCCGAGGCAGCAAGUACUCGCUUCAACAACAACCUUCGAUUGUGCUUUGCAUGGGCAGAGCCGCAAGAACUUGCCGAGGGAGUGCGUAGACUUGCGCGCGUCCUGAAACGAUGA